UCUAGGUGUAUUUUUUUAAGGCAAGAAAAUAGAAACUUCAUGUGUAGAAUGCAUAAUUAGGACACAAUUUAUUGACAGUUACAUCAAAAGAUGUUUGUUAAUUAGUAGAAUUAAGUAAAUACUAUCACCCGUGUGUGAAGUUGUUUAAACCUCAUUAUCGCUCGGCAUGAUUUCCGAAGAUAGCCGACUUCGCGUGAAGAUGCUGACCCCCGACAAAGUGAUGUUAUCAUUUGCACUUUCGUUGCUGAGAAGCCCAAAAUGGAGACAGAAGAGAAUUUCAAUGCAUCAUCCCAGAGGUCUUCCUCCCCAGAGUCCUCUUCUUCCUCAGAUUUUAGGAGGAUAAGGGGGCGUGGCAGAGGGCGCCGAAGAGGAAGACGCCCUGGAGGUGUUAGAGGAAGAGGUGUGCGGGGUGUAAGGGGAGUGGGUGCUCGAAGACGAAUUAAUCAAGAAGCCGCUGCUGAAAGAGUUGCUGCUGCUAGGGAGCAGAGAGAUAUUCAGCUCAGGGCAACUAUUGCCACACUUGAAGAACAAACUCUGAGGAACCUUGUUGGAAGGAUAUGUGAACGGGACCCAACUUUUGUUUUUGAUGUUUUAAAUGAGGCCUCACAGAAUGAAAGACGACAAGGAUACCACCCCCAACCAUCAGAUGGUGUUCCGAGCUGGUGCACCUGCAACCACUGUCGAGAGAUGCCCUCAGAAAUUGAGAAACUCUGUUGUGGACAAACUCCAACAAACUGCUUUUCAAUAGUUCCUGAUUUUCAAAGGGUUGUCCUUGAUGACCUUGUCUUACUUGUAGCAAGACGCUAUAGAGAAGACAUCAUAGCUGCAGCCCCUGAUGCAGAUUUGAACAGAGGGAAUAGACAUGCAGCAUAUAGGCAGUUUAUCCUUUGGCACCAUGGCCAUUUAGGUGCAAGAAACCGUAGGGUAAUUCCCAGCUGUUGUGUCUGGAGAAUCAGGGACAAAUUUCCUGAUACUUUUAGUCAGUAUAGAGGAUUUAUUGGGGGCAGACUAGGAUAAACAAGCUGAUCUGUUGGUGGUGGUGGGAGUGGAGCCAGGUGAGAGGACAACCUUCUUGGAUCAUCUGCUUCCAGUACCACUGGCUGGUUCAUCCCCAUCUCAUCUGAUACCCUGGACAGAAGAAUCUUUUUAAGCAGUGAU